GACGUAUGAAUUGGCGCGCUGAGGUCCCCUUAGUACGAACACAAUAUGCUUGUAACAGUCAUGACGAGCACGUGCUGAGCUUAUUGGCUACUGGAUAACAGCGCAUAAACUUUCUAUAGGAUUUAGUUUUCUUUGGAUAACCCCAUCCAUCAUGGUCACCAUGAGUUGGCAGGCUGCUCUCGUUUUGACUGUGGUAGUUUGUAGCAAGUUUCGCACGGUGCUUUUGAAUCCUGAUUGCGACAGGAAGCCCUGGCCUUCUGUGACCACUGCAAGAAGGCUCCCUGGAGAUAAUGGAUUCGCUAUCAAAAUACUCGGCCGUCCAGCCCCGGAAAAAUACAUCCCAGGACAAGUUUAUACAAUAACCUUAAAUGGUACAUAUCCGAACCAAAGAUUCGAAGCAUUCUAUCUCGUGGCAGUACCGAAGGAUGCUGAAGAUGAGACAAAUACAUUAGGGACAUUUCAGCACUUCAGCAAUCCACCCUUGACCAAAUUCUCAGAAGAAUGUCCACAUAUCAUCACACACACAUACAACCUCCUCAAGCCGGGGAUAUCUGUUAUGUGGACGGCGCCACCUGCUGGCAGUGGAUGUGUUGAGUUCAGGGCCUCAGUGUUUGAGUUUAAUGACAUAUGGUACAAAGAUGAUGGAGCUCUCACCAAACUGUUCUGUGAGGACAGGCCAGCUAGACCUACCCGGUCUCUUCAUCCUGAUCAAUCUACCUUUGCAGCGGGCACCGGUGAGACAAACCCGGCUGCCAUGAUCCCCGAUUGCUGUGCCUGCGGCGUCGCUAAGUAUCAUAUGGUGUUCCAGGGAAACUGGUCGAGGCACACACAUCCAAAGGACUAUCCAACCAAAAAACAACUCCUCCAUUGGUCGAACAUCGUUGGUGCCUCCCAUUCCAAGGACUAUAUGUUAUGGCAGUAUGGGAAUGAGGCCUCUCAAGGGGUGAAAGACGUCUGCGAGUUUGGCUACCCAAGGAGUAUGGAGAAUGAAAUUAAAGAACACGGUGAACAUGUGAGGACAGUCAUAAAGACACCAGGCAUCUGGAACAACCUAGCUGACUCUAGAUGGGCGCGGUUCACCGUCAACCGGACGCACCAUCUUAUGUCCAUGUUGACAAUGUUGGGCCCAAGCCCUGACUGGUGUGUCGGUGUGAGUGCCCUGGACCUGUGCAAGGCUGACUGUAAUUGGAAGGGAGACAUUAGGAUUGAGUUGUACCCCUGGGAUGCUGGCACUGAUAGUGGACUAUCAUACAUGUCUCAAAAUGCCAAGACCGUCCCACAAGAAAAAAUAAAGCGCAUCCUAAAACAGAAUAUUGAUAAUGCAGGAUCGCCAUUCUAUGGCCCAGAUCCUAUCAAACCCAUGGCAACUCUCAUCAUCAAACGUCUGCAUCCGAAAAAUGACAAUGAAUGCAUCCAGGAUACAGCAUUGGUGGAUGACACUCGCCUUAAUCCCGCUGGCAGUGACGAAACAGACAUGACAAAGAAAUCACAGUUGAUGUCAGGUAAGUGCGAUACAACUGAUUGGACAGAUUGGGGCCCGUGCAGCGUCACGUGUGGCGUCGGCAUGAAAGUGCGCUCUCGCUCCCUUGUCAUGGAAGGCGUGCCACGGAGCAUGUGCAGCACCAUCGAACUCAUGGAGAAAGAGAACUGCCUCGGCUUAGAGAACGAGUGCGAUUAUAGCGCUCUGUGCGCAGUCUCCGGUUGGUCCGAAUGGUCGCCGUGCUCCGUGACAUGCGGCAAAGGCAUGAGGCAGCGGGAGCGGUAUUUGAUUCGUAAGGCAGAGAUGGCGCAGUGUACCGACACACCUGUCUUUGAGAGGGAAAUUUGCAUGAAUGCAAUUUUAGAUUGUUCCCAGGUGGAUGCUGAUAAGAACUUCACUGUUAUCUGUUCGUCACCAAAAGUGGUUGGCACGUGCCGUGGAAGCUUCCUCAGGUGGUACUGGGACACAAACAGGGAAACAUGUCUGCCAUUCCAUUAUGGCGGUUGCCGAGGAAAUGACAACAGAUUUGUCACUCAGGAGAAAUGUGACGUCAUGUGCAGAAAUGCAUUCAGAAACACCAACUAUAUCGAUCCUGACGGCACCGUCAACAAUGGAGGAGACCCGGUCGACUGCAUGGUCACCCCCUGGACAGAGUGGACCGGGUGCUCGAAGACCUGUGGCAGGGGUUUCAUCUCCCGCAGCAGGAUGGUCAAGAGACCACCAGAGAAUGGCGGGGAGGUGUGUCCCAAGAAGCUGGAGGCCAAGAAGAGAUGCAGGGUGCAGAAAUGUCCUGUGGACUGUGAGCUUGGCUCCUGGGCUCCUUGGUCCGCCUGUACUCAAACAUGUGGAGAUGACAACAUCCAGUCCAGACUUCGCCCAGUCAACAAGAAGCCCAAGCGAGGUGGUCGCCCAUGCCCUCCAAGGUUAGAGAGACGAUACUGUAACACGCCAUUAUGUCCAGGACAAACAGCAACAAUGAGUCCAGAAGAACGAAACAGAUAUUUAGCCCAGGCACCACUGGCCGACAACAUCAGAUACCGAUACUAACAUGGGGGAUUUGGUUGGGCUAGGAUCCUAAGUGAUUCUUUUUCCAUUGGAAAUUUGCCCUGCCCAUAUAUUCAAGUUGGUCCUUUCCGGUGUGAAAGUUUUGAAAAUUAGACCUGAAGGAACCAACUCAUUACAGAUGUAAUGACCAAUGAAGUGGUGCUAUUAACUCUUUGUCUGCCAACAUGGUUCUUGUUGCAAAUAGGUUUGAUUGUUUUUCAACUUUUUCAUGGAAAAACUAUCAGCAAUGUUUUAGUCUGUUGGAAAUUGUUUCUAUACAGGCUAAAAAAUGAGAUAUAACUUGUAUCUGUGUUGAAUACUGUGCAGUAUUGUUCGUUAGAAUUUCCCCCAAAUCUGCAUACAAUUCUUGUACUACCAUGACAUCUGGUGUUUUAUUGAAAUAUCAUUUCGUUCUGGUUCGAAUAUGGCAAUUUGCAGAGAUUUCAUAAUGUUUUUGGUAGGCAAAGAGUUAAACAUCUUAUUAUUACUCGAGAUAACAUAAACUAUUGUAAUUCCAAGUCAAUACCAGAUUAAAGAGAAAUCUGGUUUUUCUCCCCAAAACGUAUGCUUCAAUCCUAGACUGCAUGGGUUCUUUAUGAGUGAAAUCCAUAUCAAUCCGUGUUGGAGUAACCCAGCCAAAAUGAGCUCAUCAAUAGAGAUUUCCAUUGGAAAUUUGAAUCUUGGCCAGGCUCAAACCUGUAGAGUAUGGAGUAUUUUGAAUUGAGACUUUUCAUGAUGGGACAUGAAAGGGAGACUACAUAAUUAAACCGCUAUUUUUCGAUGAACAAUUCUGAUGAUGAACAAGUGAGACAUUUUGCAUAAUAAUGAUGAUAAAUCGUAUGAUUUUGAUAGAUAUGUAUAUAUUAUAUAUUGUAUGAAUGCAUUCCAGUCAUCUUAACACUGGUAUUGGCAGAAAGAAGAGAAUUUGAUCAUAGGGCAUACUUCUUAAUAUCUGUUCAUUCGAAACCAAAAAAAUAUGAAUAUCAUCAUAAGAGGCACAUAUAGUACUUCUUUUGUGAAGUCAGUGGUGGAUAGGGUGUGGUGAAAGAGGUAUACACCCCUCCCCUUUCUGUCGACAUCUACGAUUUUUUAAGGGCGCCUGCCCUCAAGAUGCAAAGAACUACUCCUAAUUUCAGUCUUUGAUGCCCGUAAGCACAUCAAUUGGCACUUAAAUUACCAAUUUUUCUUGGUGUGGUCCCCCAGGUUGUGAUUGGGGAGACUUUAUUUCUAAAUUAGUAAUGUUUAAACGAUGUACAUCUUCUAGUACAUCAUUUGGCACACCUAAAAUCGUCUUGGGUCCAUUGAGUGGCCCUUUCUCUGAUUCUGUCCAUGCCGGUAACAUGUACAAAACAAUGUAAAAAAUUAUUUUAAAUGUUUGAUUUUAUAUAUGAAUGCUCGUGAGACAAUGUAUGUAAAUGAAUAUUUGCCAAAAAACGCAUUGUCAAAAAGCCACAAAAAAAUCUAGUCCUAAUUGUAGAUGUUGCCCAAUGUUCACUGUGGUCACACACUUUAAAGGGAAGCUAUGGGAAUGAUUCCCCAUUCGACCAACAGUUAUAACUUUAACAUCUACGUAAACUGCGUAUUCUUAAAAACAACUGUGGCUCUUGGUUUUAUAAAUAAACAAACAUUAAUGAGUGAAAUGCAUGAUUUUAAUUGGUACGUCAUGGAUGCAGCCAUUGUGACAAUCAGCUGUUCGAACAAUGGCGAAUGCUUGGAAUGACAGAUGACAGUUCUUCGAUUUCUUCGUGUUCUUCGUCAAAGUCUGGCGAUGAAUCCUUCGAUUACAACCGUGCAUCAGCAGAAGAACGAGCAGGUCUAGUUCCCUAUGCGUUUGAGCCAAGGUACCAGGGCAGAAAAAGGUCUGGAAACUUAGUGGAAACGAGUAGUACUCGCCUUGAUGAAAAAACCCCACUGCAUCCAUGACGUCAUUCGCCCGGGAGAUUUGAACAAACAUGGCUACCCCCGCAAACUGCUUAUUAAAUGCAAUUUUCUGCACUAUCUAGGAAUAUUCAUCAUAUCCUUGGUGUAGAGUAUUUGUUUGUCUUGUAACUUGGUAUGUAUUUGUUUAAAAAAAUAUUUGAUUUUGCUGCAUCAAUUUAUUCCCAUAGCUUCCCUUUAAAAAAGUAGGUAUUUGUAGUACAAAUUUUCCAAGGGAGAUCACAUAAAAAGAAAAUUGAAAGCUGAAAUAAUUUGAAAAUGUCUAAAAUACCAUAAUUGUUUUGUAUUUCAUUGAACAUCUCACGUCUUGCUAGUGCACAAAUCAUAUCUCUGCUUGUAAAACUCACUGAGCUGUUCAUCAUCAUGCAAUAGACUUUUAAAAAUUUGAUUCUGUUCUGAUUUUUUACCUCAAUUAAUACAUAAAAUAGGUUUCUUUAUAGACAAAGUUGACAAAUAUUAUUGCUCUAUCAUUUGAUCAUAUCCUGGAGCAAUUUGCAUAGUGCUGUUUGGCCAGAUACCAAAUGAUUCCCAGACUCAUAAGCUUUCUACCACAGCCUUAUUAUAACCCCAAUACAGUGGAACAUCUCUAUAAGGACACCCUUGGAACUGAUAAAUGCUGUCCUUGAUAGAGAGGUGUCUGCUUAGGGAGGUACACCAAUACUGUAGAACCUCUCUAUUAAGGACACCCUUGGGACUGGCCAAUGCUGUCCUUAGUAAACUGCACUGUCACAACACUUUAUAUAAAUAUAUAUUUUGUAAUAAUAAGAGUGUAAUAAUUUUAAUAAUAGAAUGUCCUUUUUGAAAAGUUGAUCCAAAAUUGAGGAGUGUUUUGUUGAAUCUGUAUUAUUUUCGUGAAUUUUGUACAAGAUAGGGCAAAGCGCAUUUCAAGCAGACGCACUGAUUGGUUAAGUAGUGACUUUCCAUCAAAGACCUUUAGAAGUAUUGGACGAGUGAUUUGAAAGAUUUGGAUUCGACGAGACUUCAGUGAAGGUGGUUGUGGCUAAGACAUCAGAAAGACGUGGAUGCGACCGGCCUGUCUUCAGUUAAGGUGAUUGUGACAAGAAUAGAUGAGAUAUAUUGCAAGAAAUACAUCAAGCAGCUAAUGAGUUGUGACCUUUAUGCGGAGAAAGGCUGCAGAGGUUUCAGUAGAUAUCUACAUUUGUAUUUAUGCUGUCUGCAACCCUGUUUAGUUGUCAUUGUGCAGACAAUUAUCUCUCUAUCAACCUGUUGCUGGUUGUACCACAAUGAAGAAAUUUAGAUGCCAUUACAAUAAAUUUUAUACUUUUCAAA